AUGGCACGCGACCCGAACACGGGUACCCUUUACAUUUCCGACAGCGGUAACAACCGUGUUAUGCAAUAUCUAUAUAAUGCAUCGAGCGGUAAUGUGGUCGCUGGCGGGAAUGGAUAUGGAUUUGCCACCAACCAAUUGGCUUAUCCAUCUGGCAUCUUCUUCGAUUCAUCAUCAAACAGCCUUGUAAUUGCCAACUAUCUUGGUCACAAUAUAGUUCGUUGGACAUUAGGAGCUAGCAGUUGGACUUUAAUUGCUGGUAGUACAAAUGGAGUAGCUGGUAGUUCAUCUAUAAUGCUGAACAGCCCCAUGGGUUUGACACUAGAUUCCUCCGGUAAUAUCUAUGUAGCUGAUUUAUUGAACCACCGUAUACAAUUCUUCACUAAUCAAUCGAAUGGUACCACAAUUGCAGGCACUACCGGGGUAGCAGGAAGCAGUGCAACUCAAUUGAAUACUCCUCAAGGAGUAGCAGUAGACUCACAGCUAAAUCUCUAUGUAGCCGAUUGGGGAAAUAAUCGAGUACAAAAGUUUUCACGCAGCUAA